AUGCAAGCUGAAUCAGAAUCUGUUACUCCUAACUCUACAAAGGAGGAAGUAGACGGUAUGCCAACACAUAGAGUCAGCACUGCUGGCCACGGUAACGAGUUUAUCAUUCUUGGAAACCGUAAAUACUACCGUCAUGAACUUAUGACUGCCUUUGCUGGUAAUUUCAACCCAGAAAGAUAUGCCCCAUAUCCUGUUCAUCAAUUUGGUAAUGCUUCAGCCUUGUCACUUUCAGGUUUCGGAAUUUCAGCAUUCUGUUUGGGGUUGUAUUACGCAGGUGCUAUGGGUAUUAAAACUUCUGCAGUUGCUGUUUCAUUGUGUGUGAUGUAUGGUGGACUUGUACAAUUACUUGGUGGUGUUUGGGAAUUGGCUAUUGGUAACUCAUUUGCUGGUUGUGCUUUCACAUCAUUUGGUGCCUUUUGGAUCGCAACUGGAUGUACCAGUAUUCCUGCCUUUGGAAUUGCAGCAGCUUACGCUGACGAUCCAGCAAUGUUUGCAAAUGCUCAAGGGUUUUAUUUGCUUGGUUGGAUGAUCUUCUCGUUCCUUUUAUUAAUGUUGGUUUUGAAGGCUACAUGGCCUUUUGUUGCAUUGUUAACUAGUUUGACAACUACUUUUGCUGUAUUGGCUGCAGCAAACUUCACAGGUAAACCUAACGUACUUACCGCUGGCGGUGUCAUCUGUGUUAUUACUGCUUUUUUUGGUUGGUACUGUGCUUGGGCGGGUGUUGCCAAUAAACAAAACUCAUACUUCACGCCAUUGGACUUGACUGUUCCCAUCUUUGGUAAGUCUGUUAGUUAA